UUGUGUAUAGUCACGUGGUCAGUGCUACUUCCGGCGUUUCGAAUGUGCGUCUCCUAAAUCGUCUGCUGUUCUGGUUUAGAAGGCCAAAUAGCGACAACCCGGUGUGAUGGCAGCAUCGUUACGUCUCCUUUUUUCUGUGUCCAGAACUGGCUCCUUUAUAGCGAGCCACAAUCUUGUGCGUCCUCUCAGUUUAUCAGCACACAGAGAGUGUUACAAAUAUGUGAACGCUCAGGAACCUCUCAAUGAUAUGAAGUCCAUCACAGACCGAGCAGCUCAGACCCUGCUGUGGACAGAGCUGUUCCGAGGUUUGGGAAUGACUAUGAGUUAUCUUUUCCGUGAGCCUGCCACCAUUAACUACCCAUUUGAGAAAGGUCCACUGUCCCCACGUUUUCGUGGAGAGCACGCCCUGCGCCGGUACCCAUCUGGAGAGGAGCGCUGCAUCGCCUGCAAACUGUGUGAAGCUAUCUGCCCAGCACAGGCCAUUACCAUCGAAGCUGAACCUCGUGCUGACGGCAGCAGGCGAACAACACGUUACGACAUCGACAUGACAAAAUGCAUCUACUGUGGUUUCUGCCAGGAGGCCUGCCCUGUGGACGCCAUUGUAGAGGGGCCCAACUUUGAAUUUUCUACAGAGACUCAUGAAGAGCUUCUCUAUAACAAGGAAAAGCUGCUCAAUAAUGGAGACAAAUGGGAGGCUGAGAUUGCAGCUAAUAUUCAGGCUGACUAUCUUUAUAGAUAGACAGACUAUCUGAUUUCUGGCACACACUGACUGACUGACAACUGAAUGAUGACUGACUGACUCUCAGCUGAGUUAUUUUCCUCAAUAGCGAUCAUUAAUAAAUUGUUCAGAGUUUACUCAUGGUUAAGGUUGAGAGGCCCAAAGGAUAGGAGCACAAAUACCAGACUAUAAUGAUUGACACUCUAAUGAUUUAAAAUGCCGAGAAUACACCAAGUUUCGUCCUACCAGUCCUACACAUGGCACUUGCAUACUGCACUUCAGAACAAAACUUCCGACUGACAGCCACAAUUUCCUCACGCCCUAUACAACAUUUGGUGGUGCAACAUUUGAGGCAGCCAGAAUGCCAUCCAUUUUGCUUAGAAAUAACUCUGCCUAUGCUACACACACAACUCCGCAAUAGUGUUGUGGAAAGAACAUUUGUGUUGUUGCCCUUAUGUUAAAGACAGACCGGAUUGUGUGUCCAUAUAAUACUGUACAAAAUACCUGUAUUAAAGAAAUU